AUGUGCCCAAGGUGUGGACAGGAGGAGGAAACAAUUAUGCAUGUGAUCAAAAGAUGUCCACCGGCUUGUGAAGUUUGGAAAAUGGAAUGUUGGGGUGAUAAAUGGAAGAGGGCAGACCUUGAUAGUGAAAAGGGAUGGUUAAGCAGCAUGUGGGAAGCAGAAGAUCGAUCCAAUAUGGAGAUGGGACUGACCGUAUGCUGGGUUCUGUGGAACAACAGGAAUGAGGAGAUUAGAAUCAAUCCUGGUAGAACAACUGAUGAAGUAAUGGCAUAUGCUAGAAGCUAUUUGGAGGAGUAUUUGGCAACCCAAAAACGGUCAGACACACAGACCACACAUGAGAACAUAAAAUGGAGAUCGGCUGAAGCUGGCUAUGCUAAUGCGAAUUUUGAUGGAGAACACAAAAUGGAAGAAAGUGUAGACGGGGCAGGCGCAAUUGAGAGGGAUGCGGCAGGCAAGGUGUUAAGAGCAUGUUCAUGCAGGAUUGCACAGGUCAAUGAUCCAAGUGUUGCAGAAGCCUUAGCCAUGAACAAAGCAAUUAUAUUUUCCAGACAGUUGGGAUUACAAUCGGUAAUUGUGGAAGGUGAUUCGCUGGAGGUAUUGAACUAG